AUGGAGCCCCCCUUGCAAAUGUUGAGCUCCACUGGCAAUUUAGCAUUUUCGGUCAGUGCUUGGGGAUCAGUGCCGAGCAAUCUAUGUAAUGCCAUUCAUAUCGAGAGUCCGUGGCUUCCCGAAGCUCAGCACCACUACCUACAGUUCAUGCCUUGGAUUCCCGGGUUUCUGAUGGAGAUGGUUGGCACCUUAUCUGGACGUGUCGUUGGAUGUUUGGAUCCCUCAGCAGAUAGUCGGUCACCCCGGGUCUCGGAUCGGAAAGAACAGAGGAGACGAAAUACAGGGGACCUGAAGGCGGGUGCCUUGCACUGGUCUUUCCCCAAUCGGGGUCGUGCACGGGCCCAACUAGCACCACACAGUAAACAAGCGAGCUGCACCCCUUCCCUCUGGCCUGUCGCUGGCCUGUCGCUGGCCUGUCUUCUGGGCGUCCACCGAGCCGUGGCGGUGAACAAAAUCACAUCCACCCGCAAACAAAAAUCAACAACCUCCUCCCCUACCUAA